CGCGAAGCACUUCAAAGCUGUUCCUCUAGAAAGCCACCUUCAGGUGAACACCUGGAAGAACUGUUUUCGCUUUUGACGUUUCAAAUCAUUGGUCGGGCCAUCCUGCUCAAGCAGCUCACCAAGCUUUGGAGCUAGAUUUCUUCAAAGCCGGACCUGUUUUUUGUGUUGUUCUCUUUGUUUAUAUAAAGGCCGAGGCCUGCCACGCUAAGCAAGGGCUAAGUUAGCUCCUAGGUAGGAUGCAGGAUAGCUCACGCUAUCCUGCGUCCUGUCUUCCUGAUGCUAAAUAAGCCGGACAAUCUGGCCAGAUCUUGGCUACAUUGCGAGUCAUACCCCUCGGUACUUGCCAAAACUUAGGACUAAGAAUGCCAGCCUGUGCCUACGAUUUGCUGGACGGUCCAAGCAGAGCUUCGUUCCACAGGAUCAAGGGCCCCUCAAAGAAGAUGACUUUGGAACGUGCAAGGAAGAUGACUUUGGCUAUUGCUAGUAGGUUAGAGGCCAUUGUUAUUAGGUUGGAGGCCGGAAGAUGGCUGGCUGUCGUUCGCGCAUCGAUUUUUGGGUCCAAGGCCCACCUGGGCGACCGUAGGACAACGGGACUGGGACCGUUGGCCGAGUGGAUGCGGGUCCAAAGAACGACCCCAGACUCCACUUGGAGGGCGAGGUCAUUUGGGCGCGUUCGAAGCUUGGCUGCCUUUGUGGUCGGCUACUGUGCAUUCAGCUGGUGCAGCGAGCUCCAGGGUUUUUUGCUUCACCGUCCCAAAGUUCCUCCCAGCAAUCCCGUUGGGAUUCCCAACAAGAUUUGGACUUGGCGCGGCUGUCAGAUUCGCUACCAGGUCCUCGGAGAGGACAACUCUGGCCCGAGCAUUGUGCUCCUCCAUGGCUUGUUGGUGAACGCCGAUCAUUGGCGGAAGAACCUCCCCGCGCUCGCAGACCAGGGCGCACGGGUAUAUGCGAUUGACCUCUUGGGCAAUGGCUACACCGACAGGCUUGUGCCGGGCAGUCCGCAGGCAAAGAACCUCAGCGGGGAAACCGCCCGGAACUUGACAGAGGUCGAGACAGAGCUUCUCCUCGAGAAAGGUGUGAGACAGAAAGUGACUGUUCCACAGCGGCAUCCACUUGGUUCGGUGUACAACAUCUUCACCUGGAGCGAGCAAGUGACAGAUUUUGUACGUGAGAUCGUCCAGUCCGAGGUGAUUUUGGUGGGGAAUUCUCUGGGCUCUCUGGUGAGCCUGCAAGCGGGCAUCGAUGCACCGGAGCUGGUGCAAGGGCUGGUCCUGGUGAAUCCACGAUUUCGGCAGGAGCACGUUUCUGAGGCCCCAGCUUUGGCCAGGCCCUUGAUCUCCUUGGUUCAACGUUUGCUGCGGGAGACCUGGCUGGGCCAAUGGCUCUUCGACACCCUGAAGACGGAAGCUGCCGUGACGGAGAUUCUGAAGGAGCCCUAUUUCGACCCGUCCCAGGUGACCGAAGAGUUGGUCGAGGUCCUGCGACGACCGUUGCUCAUGGAGGGCGCCAUGGAAUCUACCUUUGACAUCCUCUCCUACUCUACUGGGCCACUCUUGGAACAGCUCCUUCAGGAUGAGCGACUGAGAUCUCCCAUUUGGGUUUGUUGGGGUCAGCGAGAUCCCUGGACUCCGAUGAAGCGAGUCAAGGCUUUGGAUGAGUUCCCCAAUGUUGAGAAACUUGUGGAGUUCCCGAACGUGGGUCAUUGCCCACACGAUGAGUCUCCAUCUUUGGUCAACGGUUUGAUCCUGGAUUUCCUGCAGCAUCUUUCGAGCAAAGCAUCAAAGCCAGCAUGACACCAUGCGACGCAUCAUGCAAUGCCCCUUUGUGAGAGCUUUCGCGGUUUAAUUCGACAGGGAACGAGUGGUGGCAAGAGCGCCGCAGGAAACAACUUUGAGUAGUCAAGCUGUGCAAGGCCACGAGAUGUUUCAAUCAUGUCGG